UCUUAUAUAUCAACCUCAAACUUUCUCUCUCUCACACACAUACCCAAGAAGUACUAUUAGAUCGAAUUAUUUACUUCUACAACGCAAAAAAGAUCAUCAUCAGAAGAAGCAGCCAAGAGAAGGGGAAUAGGGUGCAACCAUGUUAAACCAUUAUUUGCUAUGUCUCUCCAUUGCUCUCUCCUUGCUAUUUUUGCCAUCAAAUGCUCAAACAUGUGCCAAAUAUUCCUUCCCUAGCAACAUAAAAUACACUUCUUGCAAUGAUCUUCCCUACCUGAACUCAUUCCUCCAUUGGACCUAUGACAAUUCAACUGGGAAGCUCCAGAUUGCCUAUAGACAUGGAGGACUCACUUCCUCUGACUGGGUUGCUUGGGCUAUAAACCCAACUUCAACUGGUAUGCUUGGUGCACAAGCACUUGUUGCAUACCAGAAGCUCGAUGGAACCAUGACUGCUUAUCCAGCUCCUGUCGAUACUUAUCAGACUACACUUCAAGAAGGAAAGCUUAGCUUUCAAGUUUCGGAAUUAUCUGCAACUUUUGCCAAUAAUGAGAUUAUUAUAUAUGCCACUUUGGUUCUACCAGGAAAUACUACGACUGUUAAUCAGGUUUGGCAAAAUGGUCCACUUUCUCCUAUUGGAGCUCCUGCUAGGCAUUCAGUUACUGGGGACAAUAUUCAGUCGUCAGGAACCCUGAAUCUUCUCUCAGGAGAGGAAACUUCCGGUGGGAAUUCAAAAGAGAAGAAGAAAAAUAUUCAUGGAGUACUUAACACAGUAGGUUGGGGUAUAAUGAUGCCACUUGGUGCCUUGAUUGCAAGAUACCUGAAGGUCUUCAAAUCUGCAGACCCGGCAUGGUUUUAUCUUCAUCUUGGUUGCCAAACAUCAGCCUACAUUAUCGGUACUGCCGGAUGGGCAACCGGUCUCAAACUCGGCAGUGAAUCUCCUGGUGUUGAACAAACUCCUCACAGAACAAUUGGGAUCCUCCUAUUCUGCCUUGGAACACUUCAGGUGUUUGCUUUGCUUCUAAGGCCAAAGCCAGAACACAAGUACAGAUUCUACUGGAAUAUCUACCACCACACAGUUGGUUACUUAGUCAUCCUCCUCAGUGUCAUCAACAUAUUCAAAGGAUUUGAUAUAUUACAGCCCGACAAUAAAUGGAAGAAUGGUUACAUUGUUUUCAUAGUGCUUUUGGCCAUAAAAGCUGUGUUUUUGGAAGCUUUCACAUGGUAUAUAGUCAUGAAGAAGAAGAGGUCAGAGAGUGAUGGAAAGAUGACACACAAUGCAACAAAUGGGGCUAGUAUGUUUGGUGGUAGGCACCAGCAGGUGGAGAUGGGUUGAUUUGAUCAAUGAGGAUAUUGAGGGUCAAUAGGGUGUUGAAUAUAGUCAGAUGAUCAUUUGUCUGAUUGGUAUUUGUUAUGUAUUUGUUUAAUUAUCACACUAAUUACUUUGUUGACAGAAACAAUGUAGACUAAUUAAACCGGCUUUAUAAA